UUCCUAAAUGCCAAAAGCAUGUCUUAUGUUUUUUACAUCAUUGCAACACUUGUACUUUUAAGAUCGAUUUCGUGUGCACGUAUUUUUUGUGACAAUUCCCCUCUUUCCGGAUCAUGCAAUUCAAUCAUUGUUCCUAGAUUCGAGUCUCAUGAAUCUCAAAUCAAGGCGUCAAUGAAUCCAACUCAUAACUUGUCGAUGACGAGUGAUCAUAGACUCGUCCAAUCAGUCGACGGAGUAGGAAAAGUAACAAAAGUAGACUUGGUGGUGGCUCAAGAUGGCUCUGGUGAUUUUUCAACAAUCUCCAAAGCCAUUGAAGCAUCUAAAAAUCGACGAACUGGAACUGAUAGAUUUGUUAUAUUCGUAAAAUCUGGUGUUUACAUAGAAAAUGUCAUCAUCAAUUCAACAAUGCCCAAUUUGACACUUAUUGGAGAAGGCAUUGAUGCAACUGUUAUAACCAACAAUAAAAAUGCCAACGAUGGAUAUAAAACUUAUAACACCGCAACCUUCCAAAUUUGGGGUUCCGGCUUUGUUGCGGCUAGAAUUACAUUCGAGAACACCGCCGGUCCGGAGAAACUACAAGCGGUGGCGCUUCUCUCCGCUUCAGAUCUCUCAGCUUUCUUCCGAUGUAGCUUCAAAGGCUACCAAGACACCCUCUGCCUCCUUCAACACCGUCAAUUUUAUCGCGAAUGUGACAUCUAUGGAACCGUCGACUUCAUCUUCGGUGACGCUAUUGCCGUCCUCCAAGAGUGCAACAUCUAUCUCCGAAGACCAAUGCCUGGCCAACAAAACACGAUAACAGCUCAAGGAAGAACUAUGUCGAGUUCGGUAACGGGGUUUGUUAUUCACAAGUCGCGGGUCACCGCCGCAGCUGAGUUAACCCUAGCAAAUGGAUGGGUCAGGAACUUUCUAGGUCGGCCAUGGAGGGACUACUCGAGGGUUGUAUUUGUGAAGUGUUAUCUUGAUAGCUUGAUUGAUCCCCAAGGGUGGAUGCCAUAUCGGGGAAGCUCUGCGUUUGAUAAAUUGUAUUACGUAGAGUAUAUGAACUCAGGGGAAGGAGCAAACACCACCGGUAGGGUGAAGUGGCCGGGGUUCCAUGUUUUGACUAGCGACAAAGAGGCGGAGCAGUUUUCUGUUGGGAACUUUUUGGCCGGAGAUUCAUGGAUUCCCCAGACGGGAAUUCCUUUUUAUUCCGGUAUUUAA